ACUCGAUCUCAUUUUCUUCUGGUAUGGAGCCCCAGCGAGUUUUCUCAUCCUACCGAAAGCGCUUUGGGACUUCGGGUGGCUCCCCGUCUAUGGGGGUCACCAGCCGCCUCAGCACGGGCCGGCUGUCCCUUCACAGCAGCCCGCGCCACCUCACCUCCAGCCCCAUCACCCUGUCCACCUCGCGCCUGUCCCUCGGCGGGGAGCGGCUGGACUUCUCUGCAGACUCCCUGCUGAAGGCCCAGUACCGGGAGACACGCACCAACGAGAAGGUGGAGAUGAUGGGGCUGAACGACCGCUUCGCAAGCUACAUUGAGAAAGUGCGCUUCCUGGAGCAGCAGAACAAGAUGCUGGUGGCAGAACUGAACCAGCUGAGGGGGAAGGAGCCCAGCCGUCUGGGGGACAUCUACCAGGAGGAGCUGAGGGAGCUCCGCAGGCAGGUGGACGGCCUCAACACUGGUAAAGCCAGACUGGAGAUUGAAAGAGACAACCUGGCCUCAAACCUGGCCACUCUUAAACAGAGACUUCAAGAUGAAACUGCCCUACGGCAAGAAGCAGAAAACAACCUCAACACCUUCAGACAAGAUGUGGAUGAAGCGGCUCUGAACCGUGUGCAGCUGGAGAGGAAGAUUGAUGCUCUGCAGGAUGAGAUCAAUUUCUUGAAGAAGGUCCAUGAUGAGGAGAUGAGGGAGCUGCAGGAGCAGCUGAUGGCCCAACAGGUUCAUGUGGAUCUGGAUGUGUCAAAGCCAGACUUAACCACUGCCCUGAAGGAGAUCAGAGCUCAGUUUGAGGCCAUGGCCACUUCCAACAUGCAGGAGACGGAGGAGUGGUAUCGCUCAAAGUUUACUGAUCUGACUGAUGCAGCCAACCGUAACGCAGAGGCUCUGAGACAAGCUAAGCAAGAGGCCAAUGAGUAUCGUCGACAGAUUCAGGGCCUGACCUGUGACCUGGAAUCUCUUCGUGGAACUAACGAGUCUCUGGAGCGCCAGCUGCGAGAGAUGGAGGAGCGAUUCACCAUGGAGACGAUCGGUUACCAGGACACUGUGGCCCGUCUGGAGGAUGAGAUCCAGAUGCUGAAGGAGGAAAUGGCCAGACACUUGCAGGAGUACCAGGAUCUGCUCAAUGUCAAACUGGCUCUGGACAUUGAAAUUGCCACCUACAGGAAGCUGCUUGAAGGAGAGGAAAGCAGAAUCACUGUUCCGGUGCAGAACUUCACCAACUUACAGUUUAGAGACACCAGCUUGGACACUAAGUUGACUCCUGAGGCACAUGUGAAGAGGAGCAUAGUUGUGCGAACUGUUGAGACUCGUGAUGGUGAGAUCAUUAAAGAGUCCACUACGGAGAGGAAGGAUUUUCCGUAAUCAGUUUCAGACACGGUGUUGGACACAUCUGAAGAGUUCAUCACUAAUGUUUCUGGAUGCUGUGAUCAAAUAUGUGAUUUCUUGCCAACUUUCUCUGCUCAUUCUAUUCUAGAGUCUAUAGUUCCUGGGAACUAUAUUCAGUUAUAUUAGCCACUAUAAGCAAUAAGCAACUACAUUUUGAUCUCUUCCUCUUCUUGGGAUUCUCUCUUUAUCUGUUCUUUUGUGGCAAAGUGUAUUUGCAUGAUAUUAGACUAGUUUUCACUGAUUGUGCCAUAAAAAGUCAUGGUUGGACAGAUGAAAGUAGAAGGUAGAACAAGAUGUAGUUAGUGGUCAGAGCGGGUGCACGGUGAAUCUAGUUUCUUUGUCAAGCACAAACUGUUUUAGAAUAAAUUCUGAAAUGUAUAGCAGUCUUUAAGUACUAGAUGAAGAAGAACAGGAUUGGAACUGGUAGAUUUUGAAUCUGGAUGGUCAGCUUUAAGGUUAGGCAAAAGGAAACUGUAACAGCAGGAUCUUUGUGAGAGUUUUAAAGGGAUGAUGGGUUUUGUCAGCGGUGCUAUAUGAACAUUUUACCCCACAUUUUCCCACUUUCAUUGUGUAUGCAGAAUGUUUUUGCACAGAAGCUAACUAAAGCAUCUCUUUGGACAGGUUAAAAUGCUUUAAAAUGCUUGUUGACUACUAACUGACCUGUAGAAAACAUUAUCUUAAUGAACUCAUUGUUAUGUGAACAUCUGACUGUUGUCAGAUUGAUUGUCUUAAGGUACAGUCAUAUUUUACCACUGAACAGCAACAUUUCUAUGAAUUCCACUCAUUUCUUUAGGGAUUUGUGAGGAGUUCCCUUACGUUUGUGAGACUGUGCUUAAGUUUGUAACAUGAAUACACUACGCUGACCAACAGGAAGCUGCUUGGUUUGAAAGUGACUUCUGUGAAACUUCUUCAUACUUUAUAUGGAAAAUUUAGCUGCAGUUUCAAUAAUUAAAAAAAAAAAGUUUUACUAAAAAAUCAUAUUCAUAUGAUCAUAUUGCCAGGUAACUAUGACACUGAACAAACUAUUAUUGCAUAUUGAAUUGGAGAUCAUUUUAAUAUGAUGGCUAAUAUUGAUACUAAUAAAAAUAAUAUUUUAUUUGGUA